AUGUUGGUUGAAACGUUUGGUGUUCGAUUCACUUUGUGUGGUCGUAAUGACACUAUAGAAACUCAUUGGAAUGGAUUUAGCACAGAACAAACCUGUGGUCCCGGCACAGGAAAAAGUCGGUUUUUGCAGGAACUUGUUAAUAUUAUUCGCGAUAAGGCUUUAAAUUCUAGAGAUGAAGAUAUUGCAUCUUUGUUAGGAAAUGCAGUUUUUCUGAACGUUACUUAUGGAAAUGGAACAGGGGUAAAGGAUUUUGACAUUAAUAUUGGAUUUAGAGACGAGAUAAUUGGGCAAGAAAAUGCAAAGAAAUUAACAUUGGCUCUUGUUUUAAGAACCAUUUUCAAAAAUAAGCAUGAAGGAGACAAAAAUAUUAAUAAGCUUGCAAUUAUUGUCGGCAUUGAUGAAGUCAAUUUGAUAAAGAUUACGAUAAAUUUCGUGAUCUCGUAUCCGCUAUUGGCAUAG